AUGAAGCCACAAGGAAGUAUUUUACCCGGUAAAUCUCGUGUUUAUCGCCAAUGGGAUUCACAGAUGGACAAGAUAUUAAGUCGAGUGUUACUGGAUCAAAUAGUUCAAGGGAAUAAGGGCGAUGGAGAUUGGAAGACGCAAGCAUACCAAGCAGUUGUGGAUCAACUUCGCACUGACUUGGCAAUCAAUGUGACUAGACGAAGCGGAUUAAGCUUUUGGGAUGAAGAUAAGAAGAUGAUCGUAGUAACAGCUGAUAAUAUGAGUGAUUGGCAAUCUUAUUGCAAUGAUCACCCUGAUGCACGUUCUUAUGCGAACACAUAUAUCGAGAAUUGGGAUGAUCUAGUCUUGUUGUGUGCCAAAGAUAGAGCUGUGGGAGAUGGGGCAGAGCAUUAUUCAGAGGCUAAUGCAUCCAUGGCUGAUGAAGAUGACAUGGAGGACGUUGGAUCAGCGUCUACUUUUGGCAACUCAAGUGCACAUGGCUCAAAAUCUCAAGGGAAGAAGUCUAAUGGCGAAGUCAGUUCAGAAUCGCGAAAGAGAGCUAAGAAGGACAGUCAAGUUGGGGAUGCAUGUAUAUGGUAG